AUAAGAGGGCCCGCAGUGUACUGCGUGUUGUCACCCUGGUGCAAGAAAAUGUACAUAGGGCAAACGAUUCGCGAAGCGGGGGAAAGAUGGUGGGAACAUAUCCGAUGUACUGUGUCUGGUAACAAAGGACACGCCCCCAAGUUGUAUCCUUUUCUGAAAGUCUUCGGAUGGCAGAAGUACCUAGUCCUCCCUAUUGCGACGGGAGCCAGGGACGGACUGCAGGUGCUAGAGAAAUCUCUCAUAGGUAGAUUCUCGCCGACACUUAAUGUGGUCGGUAGAAAUGCUGGGGCGAAGCGCAAGGCAAGGCCUGGUAAGAAAGAAAGGAUGAAGGGAAGGACAAUUGCGCCAGCAGGGAGAACAGGGCUCUUGUCCUUCCUACGUGCGGGAGGGGAGAGGCGGUAUUUCAUCUUGGUUGAACUGUUAGAGGAAACCUUCGCAACAGGAACGAAGAAGUUGAAGUUUGUGUCAUCUGGCGGCGAGGUGUGGGGUGAGAAAUGGUCGAUUAUCAGGAGGUUGUUCGGAACGUCGACCGUCUUCGGCGGUGGAGAGAAGCAUCCCCUGGGAAGGUCCAAGCAACUUCUAGAAAGAGGAGGCACAUUCGAAGUGACACCGAUUAUCAAGACCAUGAGUGCAAGGUGUCGAGGUAAAGGAUAUUUGCGGCUGCUACUUCAUAUUCCGAGGAAGCAAGCGGAACUUAAGUACUUCAGUGUACCUAAGUUGGUGUUUUUAUAUAGAUGUGCAAGGGAGUUCAAGACCAAGUCUACGAGGAGGGCCCUCAAAGAGAAAAUCGUUGCAGUAAUUAGGAAGAGGACCGGUGUAAAUAUCAGGAUGAAGGUUAACGUGGGUGUGAAGUAUAGCCAUCGGCUGAAGAAGAGGAAGUUACAUGAUACUGUGGUGCUAUGCGUAAACAAGAGCAGAAUCCACCCGAUUUUGAAGACGGUGUUACGAGGGCGGGUGAGAGUGGUGUGGAAGAAAAACAAGACAGUGGAGCAGGUGCUCGCCAACCAUCGAAUGGUGGCAACGAUGGAGAGUGGACACUGUACCUGUGGCCAGGAUCAACUGCCGAGGGAAGAGGGGCAUGUGUUGGCGCACAUUGCGCAGUGUCCAAUGGUUCCCACGUUUCUGCAUAACGGGAAGAAUAUUCUGCAGAGUGAAGGAGAUGCCAGGCAGGCAGAGGUGCAACAGGACCUGACGAGGUGGAGRCCCAUCGCGCCAGCUUGUGCAGAAGGCGCAAAGACCGCAGGGAGAAGGCUAGCAYRCRCGCUCAACUYYCUGYUUGAAAAAGUACCUAAAGCCAGACACUUCAACCUCAAGGCUACARCGUUGCUGAAAGAGAAUCUGGAAGCRACCGGACGGAAACUCAGUGUGUCCGGAGAAAGAUCGAUGGCCCUGACAGCUAGUUUUGACAUCAAGGAGAUAUUCACAUCGCUGCCACACCAUGCGAUAGCCCUAACUGUGGACUGGCUGCUGCAGCAGUGGGAGGUGAAAGGUGUUUUCAAGAUGAGCCUUAGUAGGCGAGGCAGGGUUGUGGUUCUCAACCAGAGGAGCCUUGGACCAGGUUACGUGGUUGUCAARUUUAGCCAGAUCCGGCGAAUGGUCAKUUUUGAACUGGACAACACGUAUGUUAUGUGCAGGGCAGAGAUCCUUAAGCAGGCUGUAGGGAUACCGAUGGGGAAGAGUUCCAGCCCCUCGCUAGCGUGUGUGUUAUGYGCGAAGCAGGAGGUUGACUUCAUAACCUCRCUGGGUGCUGAUCAGAAGCUGGUGCACGGGGUCAGAUUGGUGGACGACGUCACAGUAGUGGUGGCAUGUGACAUGUAURRCUGCCGGAGUAUAGAGGCWGCGAAAGCUAUCCGUYAGGAAUUUGAGGAGACAUAUGRGAAGCAGYUGGUGCUGGUAYGAACUGAUGAUGGCUCCAACUCCUGGGAUUUCCAGGGAAUGAGGGUGGCAGCUUUACCAGGCCCGGUCACGUUCACCAUUCGCCCCAGACAUAAAAAUGAAGGAGCCACGCUKGAGGAGCCCCUUGCCUUCAGAUGUUUCCAUGACUUCUCUUCAUAUUCUGAUAAGCGAGUGAAGGCAGGUGCGGUAGUGGCUGCACUACAUAGGAUCAAGCACCAUGCUAGUGACCCAGCAACGGGAGUCCCAGCGACGCUCUCCAUUAGCAUUGAGCUGAAGCGCCGGGGGUACCCCCCGACGCUYUUCUCCAAUGCUMUGACGGUAUYYGCCAGAGCCACCGGUUCGUUCGGGGCAGCGAUGAAAGCGCUGACCGAACAGCUGGUUGGAGCACUGAAGAUUGAGCACCUCGAGGUGAAGCAGAAGAGCAAGGACGCUAAACAGGUGCUACAAGGGAAGGAGAUGUAGAAGGAAUGGGGAAGCGCUCGUGUACCAUAUUGUAGAUAGCUAGGUGUAGUUGCCGAGCAGGGUUGGGCGAGAGACAGGGUGGUAGGUCCUAGUUACGACUGGGUUGUACAAAUAAAGUAAGAUAAGAGCC